GCUGCUCGAGCUUCCAUCCAGCAGAAGCUGCGCCCGCAGCACCGCCUCCCACCGGGGCCGGUUCCAGGCCCUCUAGUCGGGCCCACUGGACAUGGAGCUCCGAGCAGCGCAUCGUGAGCCCCCAGCGCGCCCCAAUCUGCCCGUCUGUUUCCCUCACAUCAUAGGACCAGCUUCCAGCCUUUCCCAUCCCAAGCUCUGGAGACAGCAGCCUCCGGACUGCUGAGGGCGCAGACAGCAUGAAGGCCCGGGGCCGCCUUCUGCUCCUCGUACUGUGCACCUUGGCAUUCUCCGCUGUCUACAUCUUCCUGUGCUGCUGGGCCUGCCUGCCCCUCUGCCUGGCAACCUGCCUGGACCGCCGCCUCCCUGUGGCACCCAGACCCACUGUGCCAGGGCCCCUGCACUUCAGUGGCUACAGCAGCGUGCCAGACGGAAAGCCCCUUGUCCGAGAGCUUUGCCACAGCUGUGCAGUGGUGUCCAGCUCUGGCCAGAUGCUGGGUUCAGGCCUGGGUGCCCAGAUCGAUGGUGCCGAGUGCGUGCUACGCAUGAACCAGGCGCCCACCGUGGGCUUUGAGGAGGACGUGGGCCAGCGCAGCACCUUGCGCGUGAUCUCGCACACAAGCGUGCCAUUGCUUCUGCGCAACUACUCACACUAUUUCCAGCAGGCCCAGGACACGCUGUACGUGGUGUGGGGGCAGGGCAGGCACAUGGACCGGAUGCUGGGCGGCCGCACCUACCGCACGUUGCUGCAGCUCACCAAGAUGUACCCGGGCCUGCGGGUGUACACCUUCACUGAACGCAUGAUGGCCUACUGUGACCAGAUCUUCCAGGAGGAGACGGGCAAGAACCGGAGGCAGUCAGGCUCCUUCCUCAGCACUGGUUGGUUCACCAUGAUCCUGGCCCUGGAGCUGUGUGAGGAGAUCGUGGUCUACGGGAUGAUCAGUGACAGCUACUGCAGUGAGAAGAGCCCUCCCUCCGUGCCUUACCACUACUUUGAGAAGGGCCGGCUGGACGAGUGUCAGAUGUACCUUUUGCAUGAGAGGGCACCACGGAGCGCCCAUCGCUUCAUCACCGAGAAGGCCGUGUUCUCCCGCUGGGCCAAGAAAAGGCCCAUCGUCUUCGCCCACCCCUCCUGGAGGGCCGAGUAGUUCCCGUUGCCAGUGGCCACCAGGCCUCGUCAGGCCUGCAGCCCAUUCGAGGCCGCCACACUCCAUUAUGAACACUUUUUUUUUAUGACUCUCGCCUUCUGCCUGAUGCCAGGUGGAACCUGGGGUCUCUGUUACCCUAGGCUGGGUAUACUUGGAGAAAUCUUGGGCCUUGUGACUUGAAGGGGAGUCAGGAAGGUGCCAUUUUAUACCACCCCUGCUCCUUGGCAAAUCCACGUCUUCAUCUUGGGGUCCUUCCUGCCUCCAGGGCGUUCAAGUGGCCUUUGCCCUGGGGCCGAUGGACCCCCCUCACCAGCAUCAUGACUUUGUGCCAGUCUUGAUCUUUCCUCUACCUGUCCCUGUCCACACGGUGCCACGUUCUUGGGCUGGUGGCCCUGGUUGGUGCAGCGUGGAGCCUGGGAUUUGAUGGGCACAAGGGUCUUUGAGCAUCAGCCUCCCAGCUCUGUCUCAGGAGUGUGCCAGUAAAUGCAUAUUUUCUGGACAUGGUGUCUAGUGUGGUAACCGAUGUGGGGUGGGGGUUAGGACACAGACCUGGAGCAUGUUCACUGAGGGCAGACAGCCCUCCAGCCCUUGUCUAGGCCCACAGACACCUGCUCUUUCAGGCCAGGUCUGACCACAGGAUGAUGCUGGCCCAGGAAAGCUCCCUUUGUCCCAGGCAGGCACAGAGCAGGGCCUGGGAGGGCUCAGGGUGAGAAAGAAACCCUACCCAACGUUGCUUUCCUGUCCCAUGAGUCCGAUUCCAAAACCUGCCAGUCAAACUGCCUGUUAACUCUGCAGCUCAGAGUGGGUGCUGUGUGGAAGGACGUGAACUUCUCUUUUCUUGCCCUUGAAGUACUGACACAGCCACCUUCCUGCUGUUAAUGAUGGUGUGACACCACCCUGAGGAGGGAGCUGGUGCUUAUUACAGAUGAGGUAGCCCAGGCUAGCUUUGGUGAGGUGGCUGAGCUGGGAGGCUGUCAAGCCUGGGAGCUCACUUACCCCCGCCUCCUUCCCCCUUUGGACGACUGAGGGAUGGAACCCUGGAUUUAGCUCUUGGCUUCAGAGCUCAGGACACUCUGGGUAUGACCUGUGCAGUCCCCACAGCCCUGGGCUUCGUUUAGUCUCUCCGGCUACAAACUUAAAAUUCUUUAUAGUGUUAGGUUUUAGUUUUUAACAAGGAACCUCUCACUGAGAUAUUGUACUGGAUCCCACAAAUGACAGAGCCCGUCCUGCUGAGGACUCUGAUGGCCUAGCCCUCUCUCCCUCUUACCCAUUUCCUCAGGAGUGACUGGAGACCUGGCGCCUGGCCCACAGCACUGCCCUUGUCCCUGUGUAUCCUGUGCCAGGUGGCCCGGAAGCCUUCUCAUAAGUAGGAGGAGGGGAAAGGGGGAGCUCUGAGCCAGGCAUGCAGGCUGGAUGCCAAGGCACUUCCGCAGGCCUGGCAGUGCUAAGGGGGGGAGGUGAGGAGUGGGUGAGAUGGAGGACCCGGGCAGCAGGCUCGACUCCACUCUGGCUCCACGGCUCCACUCUCUGAUCUAUGGCUCUGGUUCAUUAGAACCUUUUUGGGUCUCAGUUUCCCCAUCGAUUAAAAAAAAAAAGAGAUCGAGUAAUUCCUACCUCACAAGAUUGCAUGAGUUCAGAGAUGCUGGGCUGUCUCUGGAGCUUAAACACUGUUAGCUGGGCAGUGAUGACGCACACCUUUGAUCCCAGCACUCAAGAGGCUGAGGCAGGAGGAUCUCUGAGUUCAAGGCCAACCUGGGCUACAGAAUGAGUUCCAGGAAAGGCGCCAAAGCUACACAGAGAAACCUUGUCUUAAAACAAACAAAUAACAAAAAAUACUGUUCUUAUCUUAAUGAGAGAGGUAAUUCUGGAGCCAUUAUGAGUAUCUGUGGCCCAGAACACAGAUCUAGGUUACCCCAAAUUCCAUGUUCCAAUGUGGAAGCAGUUUCUUGAAGUUUUGUAAUUUCACAGGACAAAGUCAUAAAUCAAGGCGAGUUUAAAAUACAUCGCGC